UGAUUCAAAUAAUUUGUUUGAAAUCCGUCGUUUCCUCGCAUAUAAGAUUAUCUAGUUUUUCGAUCUAAUUUUAGCUUGUUAACAAAUUUAGAUCUUCCUCUCUUUGCUCAUUUCCGCUAUUCCUUCCCUAUUUAUCUCUCUUUGGUUUCUCUCUACCCAUUAGAAUCCGGCGCCAAUCUCCUCCUCUCCUAAGGAAGGGCGGAGAUCGAGGCGCCGAACAACUAACUGCGUUUUCUGCGAAAGUUUCUAGGUUUUGCUGGAUCUAAAUCCGAAGAAUGUUCAGCUGUUGUAGAUCGGUUCCGGAGGAUUGGGGCGAACCCGAGGAGUUCUACCCUAUCAGGCCAGAUUGCCGCGAUGAGGUUCUCGCUUCUCGUUUCAAGCCCACUCCCGGAAAAACUCUUAGUGGAAGACGGUGGCAUUCUUCCUUCUCAGAAGAGGGACAUUUGGACAUUGCAAGAGUUCUUAGGAGGAUACAAAGAGGGGGAGUUCAUCCGACAAUAAAAGGAGAAGCUUGGGAGUUUCUACUUGGUUGUUAUGAUCCCAAAAGUACCUUUGACGAGCGCACGCAAUUAAGAGAGAGUCGAAGAUCAAAAUAUGAGGAACUGAAGUCAAAAUGCAAAGAGAUGGAUGGUUCAGUUGGCAGUGGUCGAGUGAUAAUGACACCAGUAAUCUCAGAAGAUGGUAAACCUAUUGAGGGUACUCCAAAUGCAUCAGAAGAACAUGUAGUUUUGGACAAAGAAGUGAUCCAAUGGAAGCUUAGCUUACACCAAAUCGGUUUGGAUGUCAAUAGGACAGACCAAGCACUUGUCCACUAUGAGAACCUACAAAAUCAAGCCAAGUUGUGGGAUAUUCUGGCUGUUUAUUCGUGGGUGGACAAGGAGAUUGGCUACUGCCAAGGAAUGACUGAUCUUUGUUCACCGAUAACAAUUCUCAUCGAAAAUGAGGCAGAUGCCUUUUGGUGCUUCGAGCAUCUUAUGCGUAGAGUUAGAGGAAAUUUCAAAAGCUCAUCCACUAGUAUUGGAGUUAGGUCUCAACUGACUCUACUAUCAUCUAUCAUAAAAACUGUUGAUCCACAGCUCCACGAGCACAUCGAGAGUCUUGACGGAGGGGAGUAUUUAUUCGCCUUUCGGAUGUUGAUGGUUGUUUUUAGGCGAGAAUUUUCUUUUGCCGAUUCGUUGUACCUUUGGGAGUUGAUCUGGGCAAUGGAAUACAACCCACUUCUCUUCUCCAGCUACGAAUCAAACACCCCUUUGGAUGCACCAAAAGAUGGCGUAAUGGCGAAAAAAGAUCUAAUGCGGUAUGGAAAGUUUGAGAGGGCUUAUGUGAAGGUGGGUCGGACCGAACAACAAGGUACUCUUUCCAUAUUUCUUGUUGCAAGUGUUCUCGAGGGGAAGAACAAGAGACUACUACAGGAGGCUAAAGGCCUUGAUGAUGUCGUGCAGAUUCUCAACGACAUAACCGCAACUUUGAACGCAAAGAAAGCCUGCGACGAAGCAUUGAAACUCCAUUCAAGAUACUUGAACAUGGCAAAGACAUAGUAAAGAACUAGUUAGAUCCAAAGGACAAAGGAUUCGAUUAUACUCUUCAAGUUCUCUAUCAAGUUAUAUUUUCAAUUCUUAAGAAUUGCGAUAUAUAUUCUUAUAGACAAGAGCCGUAAUAUUGUACAUGAAUUG